UUUCAUUUCUUUCUUUCUUUAUACACUUUCUUGCUUCUCACAAGCUUCUCGGUUUCCAUUGAGAGAAAGAAAAAGAAGAAGAAAAUGUCUACACUGAUUGUACCUCCAAUUCCUCCUUCUCCUAGAGACGAUGCCAUUCAACUUUACCGUGCUUUCAAAGGAUUUGGGUGCGAUACAACUGCUGUGAUCAAUAUUCUUGCUCAUCGAGACGCCACUCAGCGUGCCUACAUUCAACAAGAAUAUAAAACAACAUUUUCUGAGGAGCUUUCGAAGCGCUUAGUUUCGGAACUUACCGGAAAGUUAGAGACUGCAGUUCUGCUUUGGAUGCACGACCCUGCCGGACGUGAUGCAGAAAUCAUUAGGAAGUCUCUUGUUGUGAAGAGAAACCUCGAAGCUGCUACCGAGGUAAUAUGUUCGCGGACUCCAUCCCAACUGCAAUUUCUAAAACAGCUCUACCAUUCAAAGUUUGGAGUUUAUCUCGAGCAUGAAAUCGAAGCAAACACUUCCGGAGAUCUUCAAAAGGUGAGGUUUUUAUUGAGUAUCAAAGAAAUUGCUGAGAAGGAUGCAAAGGUUCUCUUCAAAGCGGGUGAAAAGAAACUCGGAAUCGAUGAAAAGACUUUUGUUAAAAUAUUCAGUGAACGAAGUAGUGCGCAUUUGGCUGCGGUCGAUUCGUAUUAUCAUGACAUGUAUGGUAACUCAUUGAAGAAGGCAGUAAAGAAUGAAACAUCUGGGAAUUUAGGUCUCGCACUUUUGACAAUACUUGAAUGUGCUAAAAAUCCAGCAAAGUAUUUUGCAAAGGUGUUGCAUAAGGCAAUGAAAGGUAUUGGGACUAAUGAUGACACACUCAUAAGGGUAAUUGUAUCAAGGACUGAGAUUGAUAUGCAAUAUAUCUGUGGGAUAUUGGAUCGAACUCUAGUGUGGUCGAAGGCAGAAUAUGCGAAGAAAUACAAGAAGACAUUGAAUGAUGCAGUUCACUCUGAAACAUCGGGCAACUAUAGGGCUUUUCUUCUCGCACUUUUGGGUCCCAAUCAUUAGUCAAUUGAUGUUUAAUCAUAUUUUAUUUUGGAUGUUUUCAAACUAUGUUGUUUAAAUGUUUUGAAAUUUGGUAGUUUGAUUUGCUUUGUAAGACAUUUGUAAGCAUUGUUAUGAACAUGCAUGUUUGAGUUUGA